GUAUAUGUGUAUAAUUUUUUUCAAGCCAAUUGUUUUUUCAUAGUGCACGUUGCACUGUAAAUACAACGGCGGGAAGGGAAACAAAGCGUAGCGGAGGAGGGAGGAGCAGUAGGAGGCGCCAUGCAGGAGGAGGUAUCGAAUUUUGGCCAAUCAAAAAAAGGUGACUUGUGUGGACGUCAUUAGCAUGUGGGUCUGUAAAUAGAGCGGGCGCGAGGCGGGCGUUAGUCAUUUUCUGUUCGUUUAUUCGACAAGCAGCAUCAUGCCCGAUCCAGCCAAGACCGCGCCCAAGAAGGGAUCAAAGAAAGCCGUGACCAAGACGGCCGGCAAAGGAGGCAAGAAGCGCAGAAAGUCCAGGAAGGAGAGCUACGCCAUCUACGUGUACAAGGUCCUGAAGCAAGUGCACCCUGAUACCGGCAUCUCAUCCAAGGCCAUGGGCAUCAUGAACUCCUUCGUGAAUGAUAUUUUUGAGCGCAUCGCCGGUGAGUCUUCUCGUCUGGCUCAUUACAACAAGCGUUCCACUAUCACCUCCAGGGAGAUCCAGACCGCCGUGCGCCUGUUGCUUCCCGGCGAGCUGGCCAAGCACGCCGUGUCCGAGGGCACAAAGGCCGUCACCAAGUACACCAGCUCCAAGUGAAGCGCGUUACCGCCGUCUUCA